ACGCCGUACGAUUACCGUCAGAGACCGCUAGUACCGACCGACGUCGACGUAUAUUUUCCGAGUUAGAAAAUUGUAUACGCCGCCAAACGAACACAGCGCCGUUUCGUUUUUGUCACAGCCCACAGGCGGCGUCAGACAAUAAUGACAAUAUUCAACGCACGGACAACCGACGCCGACGCCAAUGAUAAUAAUAAAUAAUAAUAUCUACUUGUAGUCCCUUCGCGCCACCGCCAAAACAACGCUUAUCAGCCGACGCCGUCCUCGAUCUUAUCAAUCUGUCGCCGCUCCAAAACUCCCACCCCAAAACAUCGGCAUGGAGAAAUGAACAAUUUUUUAUGGCAUGUUGCUCCAAAAGGCUUAUUAAAAGUCAAAACUAAUUCUGCUUUGGAACGCUAUUAUUUUAAAAUGCAAAAGACCAAAUUACGAAUGAUAGCUGAAAAAUUAGAUAUAAUUGCGAGACGAGAAGAAAUAAAAUUAAUGAGAUGGCUCGUUAAAGGCAAAAUAGAAACAUGGGACAUAAGUGAUUCUCUCGAAAACACCCCCGUUAUACGCAAUAGACUAGAGGUAGAGAGAUUAUUGGAAUUAAACAAGAAGCCGUAUAAAAAACCUUAUCAGCAUCCAUGUACAAAAAGACUUGAAAGACAGAAUUUUAAGAAUCUUACGCCGGAAGUUGAACGAUGGGGUAUAAUAUUCAGGGAAGUGAAAUUCGGAGAAAGUUUUAAUGUCGAUCAUUACCACCAUGGUAGACUUUUAAAACGAAAAAUAAAAGAAGAUAAUAAAGAAACUGGACUAUACUUGCGACGAUCAAACUACCGAGUCAAAUUAAAAGACGAAAACGUAGACGCAAUGAAAACGAUUCCACUACAUGACUUCAAAACCCUCUUCGAAACAAGCAAUAAACUUAUUAAAGAACCCGUUUGCUGGCAUUACUAGCCCUCAAGACCGAAACGAAUGCACAUCCGGAUAUAAUAAAUUCUACAUAAUGUUUUAUUUUCUUGGUCAAGAAUACAAGGUGAUUCUUUUAUUAUAAAACACUUAUUAUUUCAAAAAGUAUUCACGUUUUUGAAAACAUUUAUUUACAUAGUUUCAAGUUGUUAAAGAAACAACGUUUUUAUUAUAAAAUUAUAUUUUUAAAUAUUUUUUAUCCUUAUAUUUUUUUUAAGUUUUUUACUUUUUUGAAUGACAGCAUAGAGUUUUAAUUUCAUAUUCCAAAUCAGAAUAAUUUUCUAAAUAUUUGGAUACAAAAAAACCAAAUAAAGGGUGAGUAGUUUAUGAUUUUACGUAUUUAAAGUUUAGACAAGCGGAGUAGUGGACAAACAUUUUGUGGGGUAACCCCGUACCACUCAACUCCGCGCAUCUAAACUUGAAAUACGUAUAGCUCAUAAACUACUCGUUCUAAAUUCGAUUUUUAUGUAUUAAAAUAUUCAGAAAAUUAUUCUGAUUUGGAAUAUAAAAUUAAAAAUUUGUGUUGUUAUUCAAAAAAGUAAAAAACUUAAAAAAAUAUAAAAAAUAAGUAUAUAUAGUAUAUAGUAAUAACGUUGUUUUUUUUUAACAACUUGAAACUAUGUAGAAAAAUAUGAAUACUUUUUGAAAUAAUGAAUGUUUCAUAAUAAAAGAAUCACUCUGUAUAACAUCUGCAGAUCACAAUGUAACUUUAAAAUCAAUAUUAAAUAAACCUUACCUAUACAUA